CUGGUCUUUGGUACUUCUGUCGGUCGCGUCCAUUAUCAUCGAUCCCGCCAUACCAGUCGAGCGGCUGGGAAUUGCUGAAAAGCAUUGCAGAGAGGGGCUCUGAGAGGCUUAGAGACUACGAAGAGCUUGGAAUCCGAAGACGUGGUUACAUUUCGCCAAAAAAAAAAAAGGCUACUCAAGUCGCGCACCACGUCUUGCCGGAGCCCCAAUGACAAGCAACCAAAACUUCACGUCUUUUGAACAAAGCCAUCGCGAUGUAGUCCUUGCGGUUGACUUCAACCUCUACGGCACUCGCAUGGCGACGGCAUCGGCCGAUCACAGGGUCAAAGUCUACGACCGCAAGGACGACGCCUGGCACCUCGUGGACACGUUUGGAGCCCACGACGCGGAGAUCACGGACAUCAAAUGGAACGGGCCCUACAUGGGCGAGAUCAUUGGUACGGUGGGCGAAGAUGGUCGCUUCAGACUUUGGCAGGAGGACGUGACCGAGAUGCCAAACUCCGGACGACGCUUCAAGUACAUGUUUGAGACCACAAGCGACACGCGCGUGCCCUUUAUGUCUCUCGACUUCAAGAACAUCGCCAACACGGAAACGUACGUGGCGCUGGCGACGCGCGACGGGUUUCUGAAGGUCCUGGAACCGGUCGACCACGACAAUCUGGCGGGCCAGUGGCACACGAUGUGGGAUCGGUAUCUGUGCAAGACGCCGGAGCGGACGGAGGAGACGUCGUUCAAGGUCAGCUUUCACCACGAGAGGUUCCCCUGCUGGACCGCCGUGCGGGCGGGCCUGGAUCGCAGAGCGCUGAGUUUGGCCGUCACGUGCAUGGACGCCGUCAAGAUCUUCCGCACCGACAAGGACAGACGCUUCUACCAAGUUGCGGAGCUCAAGAACGCGCGCGACCUCGUCCGGGACGUGUCGUGGGCGAACGGCUCCAUGCGAGGUUGGGACGUGAUCGCGACGGCCAGCAAGGACGGUUGCUUGCGCAUAUACGAGCUGCACGCCGACGCCAACGCAAGCUUGGUCACGGACAGCUUUGGCUCAGGCUCGAUCGCGGAGUCGACCACGUUGGAGAAGAACGCCAACUCCGUGGCGCACGAGCACAAGGUCGGAAGGAAGCACCAGACGGCGCUUUCAGGUAUCGGCGCAGGGCUACAAGGGUCCUCUGGCGGCGAUCGGGAUCAGCGUGGCCGGCAGGGCGAAGGUGCCCCCAAACGUAUCAAAGAGACGGCCACCAUGGUCGAAGAAAUCAACCUUCACCGUGGUGCGCUUUGGAAGGUCGCCUUCUCGCAGUCUGGCGACGUUCUAGCCUCAACAGGCGACGAUGGCACGGUGCACACCUGGCGGAGAGCCUUGGACGGGCGUUGGCACGAGUACGCCGAGGUCGAUCUCGCUUCCGACUAAAAACUGCCCCUCGACGAUUUGUCGAGGCCAGACGGCUCAAGCUCAGCACCGUCGGCCAUGCAUGAGAACGUGCAGCGAGUCCGCCGUGCUCACCCUAACGACCAGUCACCUGGCGGAACCGACCUCCCCAGAUUCCCCGCCGUGCCUCCUGCAAAGGCUGCAACCAACAGCGCGGCUCCCGUCCUGGGGGCUUUUGUCGCGCCGGAGCUUGCGUGUCAAGCAUCUCGGCCGCCACCAGAGUCCAAGCUCGCGAUAUGUGAGCUUUGCUUACCGGCUCUUGAACGUCGGGACCUUGGCACGCAGACCGCCGCCUUCCGGACAUCCAGCAUCGCAGCGAGAGAGGCUCAAAAGGGACGCGCCGCGGUGAUUCCGCACGAACGGGUUAAGUAAGGAGGAAGAAGAGGGGGGGGGAGGAGGAAAUGGGGUGAUUCACGUCUCAGGGGUUUCAGUGCACUUUCUCCUUCAACUUGUUUGGCCAAUUCCGAUGUUGGCAAGGACGCAACUUGCACAGGGGUGGAGCGGAGGAGGCGGCGACAUCGAGGACACUGCUGGACCUCGGGCGUUCAGCACAGAAUCUGCAGGGCGGUCGAUGUGACGUGCGUUUCACGUUUCUGCUCUGCACUUCUUUGCGUGUUUGUAUUUGAAAGUUCGGUUUUCUGAUUUUGAUUAUUCCUUAGGAAAGUGGGUCAAAAAAAAUUCAAGCAGCAAAAAACUACAACG